UUAAUGUUAGGCUUAUGUUAGAGAUAGACAGUCUGGUUUGCCACAUGCAUACACGUCAUAAUGUUAUUGAACUGUUGGCUGUGGCCUGUGCUAAAUAAAUUGCCUUCAAAAUUUCAUAUGCUAGUAAUUUUCACAUUUCUGUAGAUCUACACAUUCUUAGAUUGAGAUAAUAAAAAAGGGGUAUGAAGCCCCCCCCCCCCUCUCCUUGGUCUUGGUUCUGACUUCAGUGGUUCCAUGCUCCUGAUCAUCACAACUUUCAUUGAAUUGUGUCUCAUUGUUAUUCCAAUAGAUGGGAAAGGAUAGCCCAGUUAUGGGUGACCCUGAUAAGGGGGCCAAGAUCUUCAAGACCAAAUGCCUUCAGUGCCAUGUAAUUGACAACAGUGGCAAGCACAAGCAGGGACCUAACCUGAUGGGCAUGUGGGGCAGGAAAACUGGACAGGCUCCUGGCUUCAAGUACACUGAUGCUAAUGUAAACAAAGGUAUCACCUGGAGUCUGGAAACAUUAUGGGUGUACCUUGAGAAUCCAAAGAAGUAUAUUCCUGGCACCAAGAUGGUCUUCGCUGGCCUCAAGAAAACCAAGGAACGAGCAGACCUCAUCGCUUACUUAAAGGAGAAGACGACAGGAAACUACCACAAAGAUGACUAGAUUUAACCUCAUUAUAUAAAGGCAUU